AUGGAUACAGGAAAUCAUUCCUUGGUCACUGAGUUUAUUCUUGAGGGGUUAACAGACCAGCCAGGACUCCAGGUUCCCCUCUUCUUCCUCUUUCUAUCGAUCUACAUGGCCUCUGUGGUGGGAAAUCUGGGCUUGAUCUUUUUAAUCAGGAUCAGUUGUCAGCUUCACAUACCCAUGUAUUAUUUUCUCAGUAAUUUAGCCUUCAUAGAUCUCUGUUUCUCCUCGGUUAUAAUUCCCAAGAUGCUGGUGAACUUCGUGUCAGAGAAGAAUUUCACCUCCUUUCCUGAGUGCAUGGCCCAGCUCUUUUUCUUCUGCUUCUGUGCUAUUGAUGAGUCUUACAUGCUGGCCGCCAUGGCAUAUGAUCGUUAUGCCGCCGUCUACAACCCCUUGCUCUACAAUGUCACCAUGUCUGAAAGAGUCUGUUUCCAACUUGUCGCCAGUGUUUAUACAGUGGGGAUAUUUGGAGCCUUGAUUCAUACCAGCUACAUAUCUAGGUGCCCCUUCUGUGGAACUAAUGUCAUCCACCAUUACUUCUGUGACAUCCUUCCUCUUCUGACUAUAUCUUGCUCAAGAGACUACAGCAAAGAGCGCUUGCUGAUGGUUUUGGUUGGAGUCAAUGUAUUUGCAUGCGCUUUCGCCAUCUUCAUCUCUUACGCCUUCAUCCUUAUCAACAUCUUGUUCAUCCGCUCAGCUGAAGGCAGGUCCAAAGCUUUCAGUACCUGCAGCUCACACCUUGCAGCUGUUUGCGUCUUCUAUGGCUCCAUCAUCUUCAUGUAUUUUAAAACCUCUAAGAGUGACACCAAGCAGGAGAAGGUGGCCUCUGUGUUUUAUACCACGGUGAUUCCCAUGCUUAACCCCCUUAUCUACAGCCUUAGGAACAAGGAUGUCAAAGAAUCCGUAAGUAAAGUUCUGAAAGGAGUUAAACUUUCUGGGUCUGUGUAG